AUGCCUGACGAUUAUGUUUGUGAAAGCCUGCUCGGCGCCGCCAAAGUCGACGGUUUCCCGCUUCAUGCCCAACAGCAAACACGCUACCUGCGCGACUUUACGUCUUGUUUCUCGUUCUCUUCAAUAAUAGAAAAGAGUCCCCCCCUCUUUCACGCAUUCCGCGUCCUAAUUAGGAGCGCCCCACUGACUCCACUCGCAUCCCACCAUUUUUUUACCAGUCCAAUUACUCAGUCCUCUUCUUUAGACGUUAAAAUGACCGCCAAACCAUCUCUUCGAAUUCGCAUCCCCCCCGCCAUUAAUGCCAACAAUCUGCCGAAUUACACUGCCAGAACUACCGCAGAACAGGCUCGAGAGCAAAGACUCAAGGAUGACCCCCUGGCGUGCAUCGUAGGACCGUACCAUGUCACCUGCAAGCUAUGUGGUUCUCGCAUCAAGCUCUCUGAAAAGAGCACAUUCGACGGACAUCACUGGCGUACUCACCGCGGACGGUGCGUGAAAGCUCGCAAACAGCCCAAUCUAGGCCUGGGCGGGAAGAAAUUGCCUUCGAGAAAGAAGUCUCCCACCCCUUCACCGACGACUUCCCUCACUUCUGACGAGGAUAGCGAACGCAUUAAGCAUCUGAUUCUCCCUCUUCACUCUUCUUCCGUGAGACUCGAACCCCAGUUCGAACCCCUUGCCACUUGUGAUGCCGCUGUUGAAGAAUAUCUCCUUCGGUCUCAUGGCAUUACAAAAGACUACAAACUCGACUAUCAAUCCUGGAGCUGGUCCCAACUGAAGCUACCAAGUUUCGUCGUGGCUGCCGCGUCGGCCCUUUGUGAUGAAGACUAA